UAUGACACCAGUCCAGUAGCAGAAGGCGAGGCGUGGAUUCAGAGAUUUCACCAACUCCUUCAGUAAAGCACAUAUUCCUCUUCAAAAGCCACAAUCUCCGCCAUAAUCGACCUCAGAUGACGCUUGAUUAAAUGAUAGACGACCAAACAUCCGCAUUCGCUCUCUCUUUACCGUAUCAUAUGAGGUUUUGCUAAUCGUUUGGUGUCGUCUCUCCAGUUUAGAGUGUUGUGUGUUGUCCUAGUUGCACGAUAUAAUCCAGCUAGCUCGUCAUGUGGCUGGCUAGCGAGUUUGCGAGCCGUUAAUCGAGCCAUGUUAUGAAGAAACUGACUGAAGAACAAGAAACUGGGGAAGACAUGGACUUGCAUGCAGAAAAUCAGGAAUCAGAGCACAGCCGAUUGUCUCACCGAAGUGAUGCGAAGAUCUUGGAAUCUCCUCAACAUUCUGGGAAACAGGAGAAAUACUGGAAAGACAUUGGGAGCUCGGCUGGGGAUCAUGCACGAACCAGAACACAAGAGCCGAAUGGAGACCCAGACCGCGAUCGGUGUUCGGAUGGAGAUCGCAGCAGUGCCUCUUUCUACUCGGAUGAUUAUGAAAACAUCUCGCACUCGGAUCGGUCGCUCUCGUCAGCCUCUCCAUCUCCACACAGAAAAGGCAGAUCUAAGAGAGUGUCCAGCAGCCCCUUACAUCGAGCAGGUGUGCAUAAAGGUGUGUCACGCCGUCUCCCACCCCAUCAUCCUCAGCAGCAAUCAGGAGGCAUCCGAUCACAAAGUUUGAGUAAAGACGCUCCGUCCAAAGAAGUGGACCCCGUCACCAAGCGCAUGCUUUCUGCACGUCUGCUAAAGAUCAACGAGUUGAAGAACGCAUUGUCUGAGCUGAGGCUGCAUGCAGACAAGCUGCAGCGUGAGAACCGUUUACUGCGACAGCUACAGCUGCGGCAAGAGAAAGCUCUCCAUCGCUACGAUGACACCGAGAGCGAGAUCUCUCAGCUGCUGUCUCGUCACAACAAUGAGACGCACGUGCUCCGCGAGAGGCUGCGACGCAGUCAGGAGAACCAGCGCACAGCUGAACGCAGCCUCAGGGAAACGGACGUCCAGCUCCAGCGCUGUCGCAGCCAGCUUCAGAAACUGCAGCAACUUGCAGAUGACCAGAAUCUUGGAGAGAGGGAGGAACUGUCACGAAAACUGAUGUACGCUCAAGGCAAAUUACAAGAAAGUGAACACAGAGUAAAGGAAUUGGAGAAGAACAUGGAGCUGAGUAGUGGGAGCUUUCAAAGGCAGCUAGCUAAUGAGAGGAGGAGAACUCACGAUGCACAACAGGAAGUUAAAGCCCUACAGGAGGAAGUGGAGAAACUUUGCACUAAACUAAAGGAAAAAGAAAAGGAGCUGGAUACUCGUAACAUCUACGCUAACAGGAUGCUUAAAACUUCUUCCAGAAAAGAAGCAGAGAAUGGCAGCAAACGGAAAGGCUCCAAUACAACCAGCACUAAAGGAGUACAGACAGAAGACAGAACGUCCUCAUUGGACUUCCCAUCGCCACCUCCAGCUCUUACCAACGGAAUCCCACCUGACAACCAGGCCGAUGACUACCUCUCCCUGAAGCAGGAUCAACAAGAAAAAGAGCAGAGACUGAGAGAAGCAAAGGAAUGGAAGAUCCAACAGUUUUGGAAAGAAAGGGAGAAUGAAAGAGGCAUGGAAUCUGUGAUGGAACAGACAAGGGAGAAGGAGAGAGAAACGGAGAUGCUGAAAGUCAAGGAGAGGCAAAGACUAGAUCAACAGCCCAGCUCAAAUGAGAAGAACUUUAAGGGAAACAGAGGCCUGGACAGAGAGGAAGAAGAUUGGAGGAAUGGCCUGUCUAUAUCUCCAAAGGAGGAAGAGAGCAGGAAGCAGCGUGAACUGGAAGAGUUACAACAUAAAGCGAGAAAUCUGGAGAUCCAGGCCAAUCAAGAAGAGUGUGCGGAAGAGGAACGCCAGCGCAAAGAGCAGCUAUUGCUUAAGAUGCAUGAGAUCGACAUGCAGACUCAGGGUCAAGACUCAGACUUCUUCUCUGAUGACACGGGAAGUGUCCGCUCUCCUCUACGGUUGUCAGAGAAACGUAACCACAACGGUAUUUUUAAAUGCACAGAGCCAGAGGAGAACACAAACACAUUUGGGAGUGGGAGAAGAGGAGGUGGUCACAGAGCACAAGGACCUAUUGCGGAUCUUGAUCUUUCUUUUGGCAGCUAUGCCCCUUCUUUUGGUAAAUCUGCCCCCCGUACAGGUUUGGGCACACGAAACACAAAUCAGUCACCUCGAGAAGCGGAUGAAGGGCUUGAUCUGAGUGGCCUGGUCAAAGAAAGGAAGUCCAACCUCAUGCAGCAGCUUUUUGGGGCCACAGCCACUCCACCUCCUUCAGAUCCAUCCAGCAAGAUGGAGAUUCUAGACCCCCCUCUAACAACCCAGUUCCCAUCAGGACCAGUGAAUGGACGGAGGAGGGACUCGGACACACCAAAUGGACUAAACAUCAGUUCUCUCCCCAACAAUAGAAGCACUCUACAAGUCUCUGAGAGCCGACCCACAGUCAGGGCCAUUACAUCGUUUGAUGAUGACAUAGAGGAAGUCGCACUCUGAAUAGGGCACUUUUAUAGUCAAUAUGAAGGAAUCAGUUUCUUGAAA